GGAUGGCACAGGAUAGGAAGGGACGGACAGGGCAGGUACAGGGCGGGCCCGGACGGGGCGGGCCGGUUCCUCUCCGCCCCGCCCUGUUCCCGGCGUCCCCAGCAGCCCGUCCCCGCCAUGGCCGCGUCACCGCCUCCCGUGGGGGGCCCCGCGGGCCGAGCUGCCGCGCUGGCCGCCGCCUGUGCCCGGACAUCGGUGAUGUUGGGCUUAAGUACCAUCUGGAACUGGUGUUAGAAGACAUCCUUGACAAUGACAGUACUGUUAACUGCACUGCUGAGGUUCUUUAUCAUCCAGGCAACAAAAACCUUCCUCCAGAUGUGCAACUCACAAUUGAUGGAGAACUUAAGAACACAGACGAAGCAGAUAACAUAUUCUACAAUCGAAUCAAAAGCCUGGAAAAAGAGCUGGUGGCAGAAAACAUACCAGACAGCCAUGGCAACAUGUCCCCAGAAAUGGAGCCCAUCCACCUGCUCGCAUGGGCCGCCUCUGGCUACGUGAUAUGGCAGAACUCAACUGAAAACACUAAUUUCCAACUUGCCCAAAUUAAACAUGUGAAGCAAGUGAAAAGAGAUGAUGAAUAUCUUGAAUUUGACUACAUGAUUCUACUUCAUGAAAUGGUGUCCCAGGAGAUCAUUCCCUGGCAGAUGACGGUUCUCUGGCACCCACAGCACGGUGUUCAAGUAACACAAGACAGCCGCCAGCCAAAACAUGCACCGGAAUAACUGAGCACCUGGUACCACAAUGAAGAAGCUCAAAUGCUGCAAUAAGAGUUUGAAGAGAGGGCAGAUAAGUUGAGGAGGGUGGAUAUGCAACUGAGGUACGAAGGGAAAGGCCUUCCUCACUUACACUUUUCCUGUACACCGUGCUUUGAUCUGAUAAUCCAAAAGGCACUUUCUCUGCUCUAAUCAAAUUCUGCACCAAAAUAAAUUUUAAAAACCUCUGUUACCAGAAAGAAU